UUGUUUUGUCCGUGUUUGUCAAAAUUUUAGGAAAAAAAGAAAAAAGUUAAUUUAUUAUUUUAAAGACUAAAAUCUUCGUUAGCUGUGUAACAAAUAAUUGAAAAAUGUCCAGUUCACUGGAUACAAUAACAUUAAAAAUUCAAACAUUAGAAAAUCGAUUGAAAGAGGAAAAUCAAUCACGUGAUAUAUUUGCCCAAACAUCAGCAGCACAAGGAACCAUGGUUCCACCACCUCGCCCUACACAAUUAACACCACAAAGCACUCCAACAAGACCUCGUAAAAAAUUAAACUUGCCAGUGAUAGCUCAACCGAAAGCAGUUGAAACUGAAACUGAUAGAAAAUUAAAAGCAAUUAUGCGUCAGAAUGGCAUUAUCACAAUAAAUGGCCAAAAAUACCAAACAGAUAUAAAAGAAUUAGAACAUAUAGGUGACUUAGGAAAUGGAACUAGUGGUCAUGUUGUUAAAAUGCGACAUAAGCCAAGUGGCCACAUAAUUGCUGUAAAACAAAUGCGACGUACUGGUAAUUCAGAAGAAAAUAAAAGAAUAUUAAUGGAUUUAGAUGUAGUAUUAAAAUCACACGAUUGCAAAUAUAUUGUGCAAUGUUUGGGUUGUUUUAUAACUGAUCCAGAUGUUUGGAUUUGUAUGGAAUUGAUGGCAAUGUGCUUUGAUAAAUUACUACGUUUAUCUAAAAUGCCAGUUCCUGAGGAAGUUUUAGGAAAAGUAACAGUUGCUACUGUUAAAGCAUUAUCAUAUUUGAAAGAAAAACACGGAGUAAUACAUCGGGAUGUAAAGCCAUCAAAUAUACUAAUCGACGAACGAGGCAAUAUUAAACUUUGCGAUUUUGGCAUCAGCGGACGCUUAGUCGAUUCUAAAGCCAAUACUAGAUCGGCUGGGUGUGCUGCUUAUAUGGCGCCUGAACGAAUAGAUCCGAAAAAACCCGAAUACGAUAUACGUGCUGAUGUGUGGUCUUUAGGUAUAACUUUGGUAGAAUUAGCAACAGCAUGUUCACCUUAUCAAGGUUGUAAAACAGAUUUCGAAGUACUUACUAAAGUUUUAGAUUCAGAACCACCAAGUUUGCCAAAAGACAAAGGAUUUAGUACCGAAUUUCAAGAUUUCGUAACAAAAUGCCUAACUAAAAAUUAUUUAAAUCGACCUAAAUAUCCAGCUCUCCUACAGCAACCGUUUAUUAAAAUUUAUGAAACAAAACCUGUUGAUGUUCCAGCUUGGUUUCGAUCUGUAGUUGAAACAACUGGUAUAACACCACAUCGAAGUUCAACCUCUUUUACUACUCAACAUAAUAAAUCAUCGACAUUAACUUCAUUAUCUUUGUCACCGACGUCAUCAACUUCAACAAGUGUAACAACAGCAUCAACAGCAACAUUGAAAUCUUCUCAAAUUCCAAGUUAUCACCAGUCUAGCGAUGAUAAUAUUAGUAGAUCACCUAGUGCGAAAAACUUAAGUAUAGAUAAUGAUGAUAUUUUAAAAAGCAGUGAGUCUGUGCGGUCUCCACACCAACAACAACAAAGUAAACAUCAACCAUACUUAAAACAAUGUGAUAUUAUAUCUCCUCCAUCUUUACCAACUUACAUUAAAAAAAAUUCAUAUCAACCAUUACCCAAGCAUCCAUCUAUAUACGAAAGAAACGGUAUGAAAGAAUCUAUGGAUUUUCAAAAUCACAUUUAUAAUAGUUAUCAGCAAAACUCAAAACAACACAAUAAUGGCCAUUACUCUAGUAGAAAAGAUGAAGUUGAUAUUGUUACUGAAAUGAAUAAAAUGUAUAAAAAAUCUCCUUUUGUUCAGAGAAAAUGUGAUAUUAAAAAUUCAUAUGGGGAAAGUCCCAAAAAGGAGUCUUUAUUAAGUAGUUUAGUUCGAAAUUUAACGACUUCGCCAUUCAGUCAAAAGAAAGUACAAAAUCAGCCAGAAGGUUAUUGGAAUAGUGUUAGCCCACCUGACAAAGGUGGGGGCUACGCCAGCUAUAGAAUUAAUAACGGGAAUGAAUAUGUACCACAUUAUAGAAAUGAUGAGAUCAAUUUCAAAAAUGACCGCAGCUCAUCUCCUUCACCUGUAUCAAAUCGUAGACAUUUUCAAAUAGGAGGUCCUGUUACUACUGGUAUUAAUCAUCAUGGCCAUUUUAUGGGAAAAACUAGUCCAAUAGUACUUCAAAGAUUUUAUCAUCAACAAAAUCAACUUCGCGAACGUGAACGUGAAAAGUAUAAUCAGUUAUAUGGGCAAUAUGACAAUGAAAGUAAUAGUAGCACAAAUCCAUUUUAUAGUCAUAGUUAUAUACCAAAAUAUCAACCAAGUCAUCAAAUAUCUUCGCAAUUAUCUGCAACACAUAAUAGUUAUCAACCUCAGCAAAGUAGAUCACUAUCACCAAUAUUAUCUCCAUCAUCAUCUGGUGUUGAUGGUAUAAUUAAACCAUUGACAAACAUUACAACGAUGAAUAAUUCUUCUAGUCAUUAUGAUAGCUCUUUGGAAUCACCUUUUAAUUCAAAUAGCUUUCACAAAGAAAAUGAUUCUUCUUUUAGCAAUAGUUUAAAUAAUCAGAAAACCGUUUCAAAUAUACCAAUUUAUAAUAAUCAUUAUCAGCAUAAUACCACAAAUAAUGCAAAAUAUCAAUUUCUAUCUCAGACUGCAUCAGGCAUUGAUACUAAUGUUGGCAACAAUGCAAUUGGUACAGGUGGUAAUAUCAACAUUAAUGUAAAUAAUAGUAAUAUAGAUUUAAUGGAUCACAAUAAAUUGCCACAACAACAACAAUCAAUUAACCGUAGUUCAAUAUCACCUCCAACUAAUGAAUUGAAGUCAUUAAAUUUAGAAAGUUCUCAUGUUAAGACAUCAAUCACUACAAUAACAACACAACAGCAAAAUGUAUCUUUAACUACAAAUAGUAAUAUUAAUACCAUAGGUGCUCAGCAAAAUCUCUAUAGUAAACAGCUAUAUAGUAGAUCUUUGUCUACAUCAAAUCCGCAGCAGCAUUUGCAACAGGAUACAAAUCAGUCACAAAGUUUAGAAGGUGUUAUUAAUAAGGAUCGUCCUAAAGAGGAAGCAGGAUGGUUCAAUUCCUUUGCAGGUGCUGUUAAAAGACAAUUUGCCUCCUAUGUUAAAUUACAUUUAACGCAUGGAGAUAAGGAUUCAAACAAUAGUUGCAGUAAUAAUAGUAGCUCAAACAAUCGAAUUAAUAUCGACAGUAAAUCAAUUCAAAAUGGUAAUACAACUCAACGUAUGAUAAUUGACGAUAGAUUAAGCAGAUCACGUUGCCCUCAAACAAGUGUUUCAUUUACCGGUAAUAGUGGUAAUAGUUGUAGCAGCAGCAGUAAUAGCAGUAUUCAACCUCCAAAUCCUCAUUUCAUUGACAAUAGGCAUAGAUCACCAGAUCCUCCACCACGUUAUAAUCGAGGUCAAUCACCAUUAUUAUUACGUAAAGACUUAAUAGAUGAAUUAACUGGUAAAAAACCUCCAAGUCCUGGUUCACCACUUUAUAAUAAAAGAUAUGUAACAGCAUCUCCUCCUCUUCUUUUACCACGACGAGGCUCAGAGAGUGUUCCUGGUUCACCACAACAUUUACGUACUCGAAUACAUUAUACACCGGAACCACAAAGGCGAAUAUAUAGAACAAUAGAUCAAUGAGUAGCACUUCAAAUUAUGGUGAUGUGAUGCUGGUAUGGUUACAGUGACGAUUAUGAAUUGAAUUGUGAUCUCGAAAACUGAUAAUAUUCACAUUCUGAUCGCAAAUUGAAGAAAAGAGGGAAAAGGAAAAAAGAUAAGAAAAAUUUAUUGCUUCAAUAUAAUAUACCCGAAAUAUUUUAUAACUAUUAUAUAUGUUAUAUAUAUUAUAACUAUUAUAUAUAUAUGUAAUUAUAAAAUAUACAUAUACUUAUGCGUUAAUAUAUUUAUUUGUAAAACAUUGCUAAUUAAAAAAAAUCAAAUUUUCAAAAGUACUUGCAAAAUGAAUAUAAGUUGGUGGUGCUAAUUAUAUAUAUUUUUUCUAGUUCAGUUACUGUUGGUGCAAAAAUUAGAGAUGAAAAAAAAAUGAAUAAAAUAAAAUAAACAUUAACAAUCUAUAAAUUAAUUCAAACUAUAAAAUCGAAAAAUAUUCAUAUAUGCAUAAUUGUGUACAUACAAUACAUAUAUAUAUAUAUGUAUUUAUAUAUGUAUAAGCAUAUUUAUAUACAUAUAUGUAACUUAAUUAAAUAUAAAUUAAGAAAAUAAACUUAUUAACCAAAUUUCUGACAUUUCUUUUUUUUCGAUUAUUUAAAAAAAAAACGAUAUAUGCAAAACAAAAAAAAAAAUAAAUCCAAAAAAAAGUUUAGUUUAUAUAAAAUAAUAUAACAAUUUAAAAUAUAACGCAUAUACAUACAUAUAUAAUUAUUAACAAUCAUUAUUCGAAUGCUUUUUCAUUAAAAAAUAAAAAAAAAAAUUAAAAAUUAUUAAAAUUUUAAAUUAAAAACUAUAAUUCUGAAAUUGCCUUCAAACAACAUAAAACAUAUGUAUAAAAACAUUAGAGUCAUUUAAACUUAAUAAAAGAUUAAAGAUUUUUUUUAGUUUAAACAAAUCUAACACUUGUGAACACCAUAGCAUUUUAGUGCCCUGUAUAUAAACCUAUUACGUUAUAAAAAUUUUUAUAUUUAUGUAAUUUUUUCGUUAUUAUUUCGUUUUAACAAAAUUACGUAAAAAAUUAUUUUCAGUAAUAAUAAUAAUGACGAGCAGUUUGAAUUUUUGUUAUUGUACUACUAUUUGAAAUAUUUUUAUGCAAAUAUACGUAUAUGUAAAAUGUAUUUUUGGGACUAAAUAGUUGGCAAAAAUAAAUAUAAAAGACAGGAUAUUUUAUAUAUAUAUUAUAUUUUGCAACAACUUACAGUAGUAUGCAAAUGUUAAAUUUUGAUAUUGAAAACAAUUACAUCUAAUGAUAUCUUAUUAAAUUUUCUUAAUAAGCAAAUAAAGUAAUAGCAUUGUGUAAAUUUUGCGCACGUAAAAAAUAGCCUAAAAGUUUUAUAAAAAUUUUUUCCGAAUCUAGUCAAUAAAAAAUUCAAAGUACUCUAGUAAAAUUACAAUAUUUUAAAUUUUUGUUAACUAUUUAGCAAAAGAAAUGUAUAUAUAUAUAUACAAAUAUGAUUGUACAUAAUAUAUGCAUAAAUAUAUAUAUACAAUUGCGUAUAUAAGUUUAAAACAUGACUUUAAUAUUUUAAUACUUUCUAAAAAAAAUUAAUUUGUUGUA